AAACGAAAUGUCACAACAGUAAUUAGGAUCUGAAUUAAAAAUUUAUACAAGUUUAUGAUUUUCUCUGCAAUCGUGUCUCCAAAUGAGGUUGAUCAAUCCACACUGUGUCAGUAAACAUUAGUUAUCUCAUCUAGUCGUCAAAGAUAAGAUGGAUCUUGCAUGUAGUACUCCAGCAUGUCGUGGAGCUAAACUCACUACAACAGCUCUCAUUCACAGUUCUUCCCCACCAGGAUUCAGAGCCAAUCAAAAGGAGUUAUCGACCAGAGGAAAAGUGAAAGCUCAUAAUGGUUGCGUUGUGACAGAAAACGACAAGAUCAUCCUCCUGAAGCGUGUCUACACCUCCCCAGUGAGACGGUCAACCAGGGUCCGUCGGAAAGGCUGUCUCGUCGUAUCAACCCCAUUACCUAAACGGAGGCACUCUGUAUCAGCCCAUACAGUAACUGUAAACUCACUACAGACUGCGCCAUUAUGCUGCCCUAAGUCUGCCGAGCCAGCUCUGCUGAACUCUGUUAAUGGUGAGACUCCAGAAACACCCGAUGCGACGUCAUUGUUGAACUUAACAAGCCCCGCAACCCCAGUUAAGGAGGGUUUUCAAUGGUCUGAGGAAACACCAAGACGUCGGUUGUCAGUUAGAAUCACCGAGACGGCAGAGAUUAGAAGAAAACUGGCGGAGGCCGGCAUGCCUCGUCUUUCACUGUGCGCAGACCUGGACGCAACAACGCCAGGACAAUACCCAGUGCUGCAAAACUGUUUGUCGCAAGAUGACAAUUAUGCACCACCUUGUGGAUUUGGCAAUGAUCCCCUUGAGCCAAUAGGUCAGGAGGACGAACUUGAAUUGUCAAAGUGUGAUACCAAAUCCAUGUUUGAUCCCAGUACUUACUUGGGAUCUGUGUUCCCUGACUUGCAGUGUACCACUAGCAGUUUUGGAUCUGAUGAGGCUGACUUUGGGUCAACACAUGUAGUCGGUGGUGAAUCAUUAUCCUCGUCGAAAACCUCCCUCAAAAGCAAACGUGUAGAUAGUGUAGAGUUCAUGAACGGAUUCUCUCAUGCAAGCAGCGAAUCGGAAAUGGAAUCGGUGGACAGUAGCGACGAACUUUCAAGAGAUGCAGGAGAUGAAGUGCUUUGCAUUAGCCCCCUUCCCUUUGAAAAUUCAGAGACGAACUUCAGCUUCACACCGAUCCAAACCGUACAGAGCAGACGUUUGCAUCUUGAGCUUCCAAAAUGUUUGCUGUCAGAGCAUGAUGAACAGUCGACGGGUCUUUGUGAUGUUGAGGAGUUUCUUUCAUCUUCAGGGAGCUCUCCGGUGAGCAGCAUGUCAGCUGAGGCAACUGUGAACAGUUCCCUGUCUUCCCGAAGUCCGGGAUCCAUCCUCAGGGUGGAUCUUGGCAGGAACAAUCCAUUAAGUCCACUGGCCUCUCCGACAGGAGGAAACCAGUCCAAAUGCAGGGAUGUUGAGUAUCCGUCUCCUCGGAAGAACGGGCUGAGGCCAGUCGGGUUAUUGAAGUUAAUGACGCCGUCCCCAACCUCAACCUUAACCUUAACAGACUCGAGCAAUAUCAACUCCCUGGAGUUCCCAGACCCACUGACCGACGAUGUCUGCAUAGUGAAUCUCACUCCAAACAACAGGGUUUAUAAUAGUUUGAAAGAUAAGGAGCCCUCGCCGACCUACGCCUCGCAGGCUAACACUGAAUCACCUUCCUCUCCAAGGAAUACAAGCAUUGAGCAAAUGAAGAGCAAGCAAAAUACUCCAGAUGCUUUGUCCACAGAGCUAGACUCGAAGCGAAACUCCCCGCUAGUCCAACUGAAAUCACCAACUUGUCUUUCCCCCGCUGUCUGCUUAAAGGAAGACACCGAUUUUCAGGAUUUCUCAGAGUUUGACUUUCUGGCUUCAGAUGAGAGCGCCCUCCUUGCUCAAGCCACCAGACAGUCUGAGGUUGUCACAAAGCCUGUGAGUCCUGAGAAGGUGUUAAACCACUCAUUACACCAUCUUUUACGGUCACCAGACGGAGGAAGUCAUCUGCAAUGUCACUCUGAUCAACAUCGUAAUGUGCAGCUUUCAAAAGAAUCUAUGGAGGUAAGCUCUUUGCCACAUGAGGUACAGGUUUUUGAGAAUCAUCAGCAGAUUGUUAGUGAAAACUAUCCAGCUGCUCAUCAUAAACCAUCAGAGUCAAAUAGCAUUAAUGUAAAGGAAUCAGAUGAAGUGUGGACAUCGGCUUCAGAUUUCCUACUGAACCACUUAGAAUCGCCUUCCAGAAAGAAAAAGACUUGUCCUCGAAGGAGCUCUAUGAGAAUUGCUAAGAGGAUGUCACUGCUGACAGCAGACGUGGAAGCUGAGAAAGGUGAAGCAAAAGAUUCGGGUAAAAUUAUGCAAGUAAAGAAUACAGAAACCUCAAAGAUGGAGGCAGUGAUAGUGGUCAAGAGAAAGCGAGGACGACCAAAGAAUUUUUUUACAAAGACUCAAAUAAGCACUAAUCAUUGUUCUGGAGUGCAAAAUAUUGCAAAUCCUAUUCCUUCCACUCUAAAUAUGGAGACACAGUCCACAGUAGUGACUUCAAAUCAUGUUUCUACAGAUAUUACCUUGCCAGUGCCUGAUGCAGAAGAAGAGGUCGAGAGAAAGCGAGGACGACCAAGGAAAUAUUUUCCAAAGAUUCAAAUUAACCCUAACCCUUGUCCCGGAGAGCAAAAUAUCACAUACAUGUGUGUGUCUACAGAUAUUACCUUGCCAGUGCCUGAAAGGGAGGAGCAACUGAAGUUGCAGUUUGACGAUGAUCCCAAGCCAAAUCUUGUUAAAAGGUCUCGUAGACGAUGCUCAGCAAGAUUCCAUCAAGAUCUAGCUGUUGGGGACUCCUGUUGCAAUACCUCCGAUUUGCCAGCUGAUGAUGAAGUUAAGAGGAAUGAGGAGAAAGACGCAAUGCUCCACCUGGCUUCUUCCAUGACACUCAUAAAUACUUGUUAUACUGUUGAUGACGAAUCAGCGAUAACUCAGCUCAAUACACAUGACCGAGAGGUGAUUCAAGAGUUACCUGUUCUCCCUUCUGGGAGAGCUUCCAAUGUAAAACCAGUUGGAAAGGCCAAACGUAGGAGAUCGAUUCGACUCCUUACAGCAGCUUUAAACCAAGAGGAGGAUGCCGGUUCUGCUUCGGGCCAAAUAUCACAGGAGGAUGAAGCAAAGGCACCAAAUCUUCACAUCUCACCAACUCGGGAUGUAGAAAACCUGAUGAACAAUUUGGAAACUGAUGCUGCAGUUCAUCAAUGUAAACAUCAAACUCAGGAUGUAGAAAACCUGAUAAACAAUUUGGAAAUUGAUGCUGCAGUUCAAAGUAUCCAUCCAGCCCAGAAUGUUGAAAACCCAAUAGACAAUUUGGAAACUUAUACUGCAGCUCAAAGUAAUCUGGACGUGUGCAACGAGACAGGAGAGGCUGGCCUCUGCUCAGAAAAUGUUGACAUCGAGAUUGAGGAGAAUGAAAUAUAUUUUUCGACCCACUUUAGUCAUUCGCAGGAAACCUUUACCUCAUCACCGAACAAUGGGCUUGUAGAUAAUAAUAGUCGGCCCUUUUAUGCAAACUUGGCAGCUUCAAGUGCCCUGGACAAGGCCAGUUCAAACAACCAACCCGAGGAGAAUGCUACAAGCCGCAGGCCCAAAAGGCGGCGGUCAGGUGUCACUUUAUCUGCAGUACAGAAGAGAGAGGUGAAAUGUAAGAAACGUUGCCAGAAGAGUAAUGAAGAAGCCGUCAAAGAACUGUACUUAAAAAGAGGAGAGAGCAAGGCACUCAAGCAAAGCAAUCUAGAGACCAUCUUUGAAGAGGUGCAUUUCGGGAAGAGGGGCAGCCCUGUGUACGCAGGAUCUCGAAAAUGCAAGAGAUCCUUGACAUUCCUUGAGCACCCUUGGCUACCUCGGAAGAGGAAGAAGCAUCAGAAGGACAAAAUUUCUCAGGUCAAGCGUAAGAAAAAGUCACUUAAAGAUCCAAAUAUCGACAAAAAGCUUGAGGCGCUUUUAGCCGAUUUAACACUCUCGCCAUCCCAACCUUUUACGCCUCUCUGGUGAUGUUAAAGGAUGGGGAAAACUCUGCAAGGUAUCACCAGGAAAGGGAUGCAAGUAUGGACUACAAUAAUGUAUCCU